AUGGCUGAUCAGGCAGUCAUCAUCAAAUGCCGUGUCUGGGGUGGCGAAACAGGUGUUACCUCAAAGCUUGCUCCAAAGCUCGGUCCUCUCGGUGUUCCAGCUCCAAAGGUUGCCCAGGAAGUUGCUAAGGCUACAGAGAAGUACAAAGGCUUCCGUGCUACAGUCAAGAUCACCGUCCAAAACCGUGAGUUCAAGGUCGAAGUCGAGAACUCCACAUCUACACUCCUCAUUGCUGCCCUCAAUGAGCCACAUCGUGAUCGUAAGAAAGUAAAGGCUGUCAAGCACUCUGGCUCCCUCUCCCUUGAUACAAUCAUCGAUAUCGCUCGUACAAUGAGACCAAAGUCCUGCGCUCGCACACUCGCCGGCACAGUUAAGGAAGUCCUCGGCACAGCUCAGGCUAUGGGCGCUCAUGUUGAUGGCAUGGAUCCAAAGGAAGUCCAGAAGAAGAUCGCCUCUGGUGAAAUCCCAAUCCCAAAGGAGUAA